AACAAGAUAUUUAAAUCUCUUCUACAGCUUUUCUUUGCAUGAAUCGACAGUAAAUGUAAUUUUAUAAUGUCUUCCGACUUCAUGAAAUCUCUUGGUCCUUGGACUUGAGUAACUAACAAAGAAAACUUCUUUCGUACUCUUAUUUUCUGCUGCUUAUUCCUGAAAUUGGGGGAAAGACUUCCAAUACAACGAGCUGUCAAAAGUUUGCUUUUCAAAAAGAUUCAGGUCAAACAGGACUUAUGCGUAGUUUGGAUUUAAUGUGAUAUCUGUAAGAUGUCAAUGUUUAAUCGAGAUGAAGCUUUUAUCUGCGCUCUCAAAAAGAACCCAAACCAAAGAACAAACAAGGAUCUUGAGAUCAUCUUUUCUCGACUACACCGAUUUGAAGCUCUUUCAAAUUUGAGAGAACAAGGUCUCAAAAAACUUUGUGCUGAAGUGAGAUAUGAAUGGCAUGAUUCAAACGAGAUACUAUAUGGGAAAGAUGAUCCUUGUACCUGCUGGUUUAUUUUGUUGUCUGGAUCCAUAUUUAUUCAGGGCUCUAUGUUUCUACGAAACACAAGUUUUGGUAAACGUAUACCUGGAACUACAUCAAGAGGUUGCCAAUGCCUUGUUCUUGAACCAUCUGAAAUGAUUGCAAUUGACUACCCUGAAAUGCAUCCACCUUUACACACAGUACGUGUACCGGAUUUACGAAAUCACAGUACAAGUUCAAAAAGUACAUUGGACAGUGUUGCUGAAGCGAAUAGCUCAUCAGUUGAGAGUUCUCCCAAGCAAAACGUCUCACGAAAGUCCAGUGGAACAAUGGCUAAUGGACAAGUACAAACAGACAAUACUUCAGACAUUAGUAAGGAUUCUCGGGAAUAUUAUAUAAAUCAAGAAGAUUCCAGAAGCCAAGAUGAUCCUGAACAAGAUGAUGAAGAUUUUUUGGAGGAGCAGGAGGAUAGCAUCUCACUCCAUUCAUCUUCUUCUUUCGUCAUCAAGGAUCUUGUAACAGAUGUUUUAAAGAAGGAUAUAUCAGAACGAAAUGAGGAUGACCAUGAUGUCCUUCUGGAAUUCACACGGAGUUUGCAAGCAUUCUCAAAUAUGACAGAACCAACAAGAAGAGAGUUAUGUAAAGUUAUGGUCUUUGCACAUGUCGACAAAGCCGGUACUGAAUUAUUGAAAGACAAUGAAGCUCUUGAUUCAUGGUCUGUCAUCAUCAAUGGACAAGUUCAAAUCGUAUAUCCUGAUAGUGAUGAAAAUAAUGAUACAUUAUUAUAUAUGGGCGAAAGUUUUGGGGUUACACCCAGCAUGCAGACCCAAUAUCACAAGGGUACAAUGUACACUAUGGUCGACGAUUGCCAGUUCCUCUGUAUAGCACAAGAAGACUAUUGCAAUGUUCUCCACCAAGGCAAAGAGAAUAUGGAAAAUAUUAUGGGAGAAGAUGGCGUAGUAGAAAUGGUCAAAGAAAAACGUGAAAUCGAAGGUGGAAGGAAAGGUCAUAUUGUCAUCAGGGGAACUCCAGAAACAUUACGUGCUCAUUUGUUAGAAGAAAAUUCAAUCGAUACCACUUAUGCAGAAGACUACCUCCUUACAUACAGAGCUUUUUCUAACGAACCAAUAAAAAUUUGUAAUCAGUUAUUAGAAUGGUUUGACAGAGAAGAAUUUCAGGCCAAGGUGACAAGAGUAAUAUUACUCUGGGUCAACAAUCAUUUUAACGACUUUGAACGCGAUCGACACAUGAUGAACUUACUUGAAAAAUUUGAAGAAAAAUUACAAACGUGCAAUAAAACAGGACAAUGUAAAUUGUUCAAUAUUGCUUGCUCAACUAAAGCAAAAUCCAAAAUCAUAACACUGUCACGAUCAUCAAAUGAAGAAGAUCUUGGUUUCAGCAUAACAGGAGGUACAGAUGGUUAUCCUAUUUAUAUAUUAAAAGUCACCGCUAACUCAGUCGCAGAAGAAAAAGGUUUAAAAAGAGGUGACCAACUUCUCAAUGUGAAUGGACAAAAUUUUGAAAAACUCAACAUGGAGAGAGCAAACGCAAUAUUACGGAAAAACACAGAUUUAACUCUUACUGUAAAAACUAAUUUAUUUGCCUUCAAAGAAAUGAUGGCAGACAUUAAAAAUCCCCAAAAGAAGAGAGAAAAAGCGAAAAAAGGGAAACAUGAAAACACACCGGUGAUUGCACAGAUUUCAACAAUGCAACCUACGAAAGCAUCUCGAAUGCCAUCUAUAACAUCUGAAGCCGAAGCAUUCGAUGGAAAAACUAAGAAAGGAGCUGGCACGCUUGGCAGGCGAGCCUUGAAUAAAGUGAAUAGAGUACGAAGUAAGAUGUUUCAAACAAAAAGAGAUCCAUCGUUUCGAGAAUAUCUCGAUCAGCACGGUGGAAUGAUUAGCGAAACGGAUGCUGUCGCCAAGGAUGAUUCAUUUUUGUCGGCAUUGAAAAACACAAAAUAUCAGCCUGGUUCUGCCGCCACUGUAGAUGGACCACGGUCAUUUAGGCAGGCUGCUGCACACAGUUCAAGCAAUCCAGAUUUACUUGAUCCUGGGUGUUAUGUUGGAGCGGAGAAUCCGUCACUGGCAGAAGUUCCUGAAGAUGUCAUCAAAGUAUUCAGAGCUGAUCAGACGUACAGAUUUGUUUUUGUAAAUCAAGAUACAACAGCAGAAGAAGCUGUGAGAGCGGCUUGUAAAGAAUUUGGAAUUGCAGCCGAUAGUUCAAAAAAUUAUUCACUCUGUCGAGUAACAGUUCAAAAUGAAACAUUCGUUAAACAAUCAAAACUACCAGAUACUUGGUCGAAAUUAUCAGAAAUACCAUUAAGUGCAAGAUACUAUUUGAAAAAUAACAUGGAAAGUGAACAGUUACUUCCAGAUGAAAACAUUCCUGAACUUUUGAAAGAAGCAAAUUAUACUUUCCUCGAUUUGAAUUGCUUUGAGGUUGCUCUUCAUUUAACACUUCAAGAUUAUGAACGUUUCAAGACUGUGGAACAAACCGAUUUCAUUGAUGAUUUGUUUCAUUUGAAUGAGGAAAGUUUGACAAACUUCAAGUCUUUUGAAGAUCUUGUGAAUCGGGAAUUGUUCUGGGUCGUAUCAACUCUUUGUUUGGAACCAAAUUUAUUAAGAAGAUCAAAAAUGUUAAAACAUUUUACAAAGAUUGCUCAUCAUUGUAAAGCGUUGAAAAAUCUCAACUCAACUUUUGCAAUCAUAAGUGGGCUCGGAUAUAGAGCUGUAUCACGUAUGAAAGCUUCGUGGGAAAAAGUUCCAGCUAAAGUACAAAGAACAUUUGAUGAUUUACAAUCUCUUAUGGAUCCGUCACGAAAUAUGUCAAAAUAUCGAACAUUAUUGAAUGAACUAGCAGCACAACCACCUGCAUUACCAUAUAUCCCUGUCGUUAAGAAAGAUUUAACGUUCUUGCAUUUGGGAAAUGAUACAAAAGUUGAUGAUCUGGUCAAUUUUGAAAAAAUGAGAAUGAUAGGACGUGAAGUACGGAACGUAUGUCGACUUUGUUCCGCUGAUUCGUCUCAGAUUAUUUCCAGUGCAAUUGCACACAAUCAUGAAGCAGAUAGACCGUCAUCAAAUAUUUAUCACACAUUAACGAGAAAAGGUCGUAGGUCAUCAUUCAAUAAUGCGAGAAAGAUGUAUGAAGAUGCCGUCAAUGCAAGGAGAGUGAAACAAUACAUGCAACAACUCGACAUAGAAAAAGAUGAAGACAAAUUGAUGGAGAUGUCAAAACAAGUCGAACCAUCUUCUGUGUCAUCUGCUCAAACAAAGAGACGAAAUGCUGGAUCAGCAGAUUCCCCUUCAAGGUCAUCAAAGACAUUACCUGGCGGACAAGGAUUGUCGGCAAAUGCAGCAAAACGUUCGCAAGGUCGCAACAAUUCAGAACCACAGAUUCCAGUUGUUCCUGGAAUGAUUACACAACAGAAUGCUCGCAAGAAGAAUCCAGUCUCGUCUUUUCCAAAAUUUGGCACAACAUCACCUCAAGCUAUCAGAAAAUUACUUGCACUUUCCGAAGAGAGCGGGGAUGGUGGUUCAUCUGGAAGUAGCAAGCGCGGCUCGCUGGAACAAAGACGUAGCGGCUCUGCCAGCAGUCGUGAACUUUCACCUGCCACUUCACCGUAUUUGUCUCCUAGAAGAGACAGAGAUGUGACAAGAUCUAAGGGAAGUAUAAGCAGCAGCGACAGUGGACACAGUGUGGCUCACGAAAAUUCAAAUCGAAACAACAAUAAAGGACGACAUGAUUUAUCUUCUUCCGUCUCUCGAGCAUCGAUUCAAUCUAAACAUCUUUCUCACCCACCUGCACUCGCUUCUCACUCAAACUCAUCGAGUGCUAGAUCGAGUAUAGCGAGUUCCUCAAGCUUGGGGAUUUCAUCCACUUCACUCAAUGCUCCCGGUCUUUCAUCAUCUUCCUCGAGUCACUCACUCAGUCCUCGCUCAUCACCGAAUCACAUCAUGGCAUCUAGAGGAACACACUCAAAGUCUCAUCAUUCGACAUUUCGUAACAGCCCAGUUAGGUCAAGUUCAAGUUCAUCUGCUGACACAAUUAAAUCAACAGGCCAUGGUCGACCGGUUUCUGAUCGUCCAGUUAUCAUGCAAGGUCGAAGUGGAUCAUUCGGUGCUCUUUCUGUUACAACAGUGAAGUCAGAAAGACUUAUUCCACCGGGUAGUUCGGAACGAAAAAUGACUGGAUCUUCAUCAUCGCCCUCACUCUCCGUACGAGCAGCAGCGAGCCAACAUCAUUUGAUUUUACCAAAUCAAUUUAAUCCUCAACUACCGAGAUCUCCGAGUAUGGAUAGUGGUGUGGUCAGUAUGGGGUCACUCUCUGCCGAUUCUACACGUUUUUUGAACUCCGACCCCGGUGAAAUAUUUCAAAGACCUGCGCACCGAAGCACAGUCAGUCUUUUAUCCAGCGAAGGGUUUGCCAGUCAGCAAUCACUUCAACAUAUACAGGGUGAGGGUAAUAGUCAAAGUCCAGUGAUGCGACGACAUUUACGUAACAUGCAACAUAAGCAAGAUGAUGCAUCUAAGGGGAAUAGCAGAUUGUCGGAAGGAGCCGACGGUUGUGUAAGCGCUACUACUCAAAGAAUUGUUCCAGGUGGACCGGGAGCUACCCCUCCUAGGGUCACUACUUCACAAACCGAAAACGAGGGUACAGAUGACAUUAAACAGACUUUUUUAUCUGGAUCUAGGGGUUGGGGGGAUGCCCCGCUAAUGAGAGAUAAAGAUCCCUGGCCGAUAGAAGCCAUGAUGCCACCAGGAGUUGCGAUGCCGCCUUUGGGCUGGUCAUCGCAAACUUCUGCUGACAACAUGUCUUCUGUUGGUCUUAACCGCAGCGAAUUUCCAAGAAACCAGUCACAGAAAACAAUUCCGAACUCUCCUUUGUCGAGAGAAUUCAAAGGUGGGGGUGGGGAUUCUGUCGACGGAACAAUGCAAUAUUCACCGAAGAAAAGAGCUGUUUCUGGAACAGGAGCUGAAAUACAACAAUACUAUGAGCGAUUGAGACUACAAGAGCGUCCAAAUCCGCCAUCAACACUGAAUUUUCGUAUGGGGCCUUCACGAAGUUGUGAUGCAAAAACACCCGAAGCAAUUUUAGAAGAAAAAUUACUUCUCGAGUUGCAACAACAAAAACCGAGAUUAAAUAAAAGUUUCGACAGCGCUAGUAGCUCUGUGUAUUAUCAGUCUCGAAAUGGUCGCAACCAAGUCCCACUGUGCGAGAGGCAUUCAGCAUCAUUCGGGGGUCUACCUCCUGGGUACCAUGACAGUUCAAGCACCCCAGGUACUCCAGUCUCGUCAAACCUUCCCAUGAUGCAUCAGUUGAGUUUGGAUAGCUCGGAUCCAUCAAUACGAAAUUCAGGAAUGAAAGGAAAUUUUCCUUCGGAGUAUUCAAAUUAUCCAUGUUCAGGAAAUGUAUGUACGAAACCCGGAUGUAAAUGCCCUGCUUCUCGUUCUAUACAAGAACAACCCAACUCAGCCGCUAUCAAAAGAGGUUUCGAGUUCACUUCUCCUGGCAGAACUUCAUCACCUAAACAGAAUGCUUUACCACCUGAUAUGCGUAGCAAAGUUCCGUUUCGAAGAGAUGGUGAAAAUAUGUACAUGUCUGAUUUUGGCAAUCCUGAUCCAAGAACAUUCGUCAGAGCACGUCCCGACCAAGGCAUGUAUCCCAACAGAGACAAUAUCAGAAUGUCCGAAGAAGAUAACGUUUCCGGUCCGUUCCACUGUCCAAAACAUGGAAGUCCUUAUAUUAACCAGCAUGCGGGGGCUCAUUACAAAACUAGUAGUCCACAAGCAUUUCACGGUCUACCGGAAUUUUCUAGCUUGCCGCUUCCGCCUCCGUUGAGUGGAACACCUGAUGCACCCGAAAUGCAUUACAGGGUUGACCCACGUUAUAAUUACAGACACCAAAAUCAUAUGAAUGACAUUUCCGAGAAGCAUGUAAUAGCCCACACACGAAGUUCAAGCGAUAUAAGUCUGCAUUCGAGUGGGUAUGAAUUCGCAGACUCGAAUACUCAAAACACUUCAUUGAAAAGUAUAGAUAAUGGUCAAAUGUAUCCGAGCCCGAUAGAUAGUUAUGUGGAUAGUCCUCGUCUAAAAGGUGGAUAUUACAGAGAUUCUCCUAAUGAAACACCACAAUCAUUACAGACAAGUCGGAAUUCUUUGAGCAAUGUUUCUAUUAACUCAACACCAAAAUUACAUAAUUCUUCUGCCAAUCCACCCGUUCGCAGAAAAUCAAGCGAGUGGGCCGUCACUGAUUUAGACAAAGAAAAUAAUCAACAAGCAAUGCAAGUUUGGACAAGCAGUUCUUCAUCAACUAUAAAUGCAUCAAACGAUUCAUCUAUCGGUGGUAAAAGCAAUACAUCAACGCCAUCUAAAGAUCAACCUCCCCCAACACAGACUGUACAGAAAAGAAAGAAGCCGCCUCCUCCACUUCCUCCCCAAAGAAACUCGAGUUAUGGUGCCACACGACAACUUCGUCUCAGUAGCAGUACGUUAUCACCAUUAUCAUCACCACCAAACUCACCCACAACACCAAUGGCUAUGAUGAAAAUAUCUCUGAGUGAGACACAUCCUCAAUUAGUUGUUAAAACAAUGGUGAAUGGACCGAAUCUUAAUUCUAGCGAUGUUCCACAAACAACACGAUCAAAACCUCUUGUGCAAUCGAAUGGCGUAGUUCCGAACAUGACACAGAGUAAUAUGAUAAGGAAAGAUACAUCUUUUCAUUCAGAAUCGUCAUUCACUUCUGGAAGAACUUUACCAUCUUAUAAUGAAGCUAUGAAUCAUAUUUCACUGCAGUCAUCUUUUUCACCAUCUAAUUCCAAUUUACCGAGUUACCAAAACUAUCAAGAUAUGAGAGAGACUAAGGAGCAGACGUCACAAGUGUGAUAUUAUAUUUUCCACCAGCAUAGUCUUUUCUGUGCGGACGUUGAAUGAUUUACUAUAUAAAAAACUAUGAAAAUGUUCUAAUUUUAUUACUUAAAAAUUACAUUGCUAUUUUUUGCUUUUUCGUUCGUUCUCUAAUCGAUUUUAUCUUCGCUGUGAAAUUCCAUGAAUUUACCAAUUUUUUUUUUUAAUUUUACAUCAAUUUUCGUUUACGACUGCCCUGUUUAUGAUAUGAGUGUUGGUCUGUUUUCUAUAUUUCAGAUGAAUUGUUCAAAUGAAAUCACAUCAGAAAUAUUUUCUCUCUACUGCCCAAAACUUUGUUAAAGAAAUUUGUAACCGCCAAUUUCGGAGUUAAAUUAACUUCACACCAUAGACCAUAUAUUAUAUUGCAAACACUGAAAAAUAUACCUAUCUAAUGAUUUCAUUUCCAUAUACCGAUUCCUGAAGUAGUGUUCAUUGUUUUCCUACCAUUUUAUUAGACUAUAUAUCUUUGUUUUGUUACAAACUCAAUCAAAAAUGAAAUCUAGAUUCUAUAGACAUCAAAUAAUAUUAUGCUUGGUUUCUCUCAAACUGUUCCUCCUAUAGUUAAUGAAUUAAAUCUAUUUUUCACUUCUACUAAAUAAAGUGAUAAUUCAUUAGUAAAGGAGGUUAUUUUAAUCAGUACAAUAUUUCUAUUUCAUCACACUAAUAUUUUGAUCGAAUGAGCAUCGAGUCAGUCUGACGUUUUUCAUUCUGAAAGUUAUAGAGGACGAGUUUUUGAUAUAUAAUUUAUUACUUAUAACAUAUUAUCCGUUCUACCCUGGCCAUGCUGGUUCGAGCGUUUGUAACUUAUUUAACUAUAAAGAAUUUGUAUGUUAUAUCCUUUAAAAACCAUGACGUUUUUGCUGCUUAUUUUACUUUUGAAAGAUCAUAUUCGGCCUAGUCUGUAAGGUAGUUUACACUCGUUCUUCGGUCUGAAUAAAAGAAAAGAUUUUUUUAUCAACUCUCGACUGGGAGAUGUGAUGACGUCAUCAUAGACUGAGCGUUGGUAAUGUGUGUGGAUAAGUACGUUUUGUAACGUCUUAAUUACAUUUCGUGCUCAACAGAAACUGACGACAAUUUUGCGUUUGCUAAACUACUGUUUUUUAUGUUUUCUUUUUAUUAUUUUUUGUUUUCUUCUUAUUUCUAUGGUUAUCCUACUUAUUGUUAUUAUGCUCAGCAAUGUUUCCAUUCUGAUCGAUUACAAAUGAAGAUAAGAAAAUUAGAAAGUAUA